AUAUUUAGAAGAAAAUGUGUCCUCACCUCUUAAGAACUACUUUUGUAGUUGUGUGUACUCGUACCUCAGAAAACCUUAGAGGGGCGGUGCUGCCUCCUGUCCUCCUCCCAACUUCUGGCUCUCGCAAACGGGAAGGCUGGCUCGGGGCGUGCGCUCUUGUGAGCAGCUCCCAAAAAUACUCAGAGGGGCGGGGGGCAGAAGGGGUGAGACAGCUAGACAGGAAGACAGAUCCAGAUCGAUGAGACCGAGGUAAAGAACCACCAUUGAACUUCGCGGCAGGAAAGUUUGUUUAGUUGUUAUUCUUCUUCUCACAUUUAAGCCUCAUUGCGCGCACUGAUCCUCCUGCUCCCCAAACCAAGAAGAUGCCCAAAUCCUCACCGUGUGUAUUCCCAUGGUCCUCCCUGUGGCUGGCAUCUUUAACUACUUUGGUCGUGCAGUCGGUGCUCUCUUCCUCCUACUCUUCUUCUUCCUCCUCUACAUAUCAGAGAGCUGCAGCCGGUGGGAAGCGACCGGGCUUCAUGGAGAGGACGCUGGUUCUCCUGGAUGUCAACACCCGCAGUCCGAUCAGAGUCCUCAGCGACAACUUCCUUUCUUUGCAGCUGGACCCGUCGAUCAUCAAAGACGGUUGGCUAGACUUUCUGAGCUCCAAGCGGCUCGUGACCCUAGCGCGCGGCCUGUCGCCUGCCUUUCUGCGUUUUGGCGGAAAGCGGACCGACUUCCUGCAGUUCAACAACCAGAAGAACCUCGCCAAGUUCAGAGGGCCGGGGCCAGACUACUAUCUGAAGAACUACGAAGACGAUAUAGUGCGCAGUGACAUUGCAUUGGACAAACAGAAGGGCUGUAAACUGGCCAACCAUCCUGACAUAAUGCUGGAGCUGCAGAGGGAGAAGGCUGCCACAACACAGCUUGUCCUGCUGAAAGAGCAACUGUCCAACAUCUACAGCAACAUUACAAUAACAGCCAGGUCUUUAGACAAACUGUACAACUUUGCCGACUGUGCUGGUCUGCACCUGAUCCUGGGGCUCAAUGCGCUGCACAGAAACCCAGACAACUCCUGGAACACCUCCUCCACCCUGAGCCUCCUCAAGUACGGCGCUGGCAAGAAGUACAACAUCUCUUGGGAGCUGGGCAACGAGCCUAAUGCCUACCGCAGCAUGGUGGGUCGUGCGGUCAACAGCACCCAGUUGGCUCAAGACUACACCAAGCUGCGGACCCUGCUGCAGUCUGUGCGCUACUACCACCGAGCUCAUCUCUACGGCCCCAAUGCAGGACGACCCAGGAAGAAUUCCAUCCUGCUGCUGGAUGGGUUCAUGAAGAAUGCUGGCUCUGUUGUAGAUGCAGUUACGUGGCAACAUUAUUACAUGGAUGGCAGGGUGAACAAAGUGGAGGACUUCCUAAAAACUCGUCUGUUGGACACGCUGACAGAGCAGAUCACUAAAGUCACCAAGGUUGUGAACACACAUACUCCUGGUAAGAAGGUGUGGCUAGGUGGACUGGGACCGGCGUGGGCAGGAGGCAUCAGUAAUCUCUCUGACACAUACGCUUCCGGCUUUCUGUGGGUGAAUGCACUGGGUAUGGCUGCUGUGCAGGGGAUUGAUGUUGUCUUGCGUCACUCAUUCUUUGACUACGGAUACACACACCUUGUGGACCAGAACUUUAACCCUUUACCUGAUUACUGGUUCUCUCUGGUCUUCAAGCGUCUGGUUGGUCCAAGGGUUUUAGCUGUGCGGGUUGCUGGACUGCAGAGGAAGCCGCAACCAGGACGAGUCAUACGAGACAAACUACGUAUCUACGCCCACUGUACCAGCUACUACAAUCAUAACUAUGUGAGAGGGUCCAUAACAAUCUACAUCAUCAACCUGCAUCGGUCGCGAAAGAAAAUCAAGUUGGCGGGGACAUUACGGAACAAUACCGUCCAUCAGUACCUUCUGCAACCCUACGGCACUGACGGACUCAGAGCCAAAUAUGUCCAGCUGAAUGGGGAGAAGCUGUUAAUGGACAAUGAGACAUUACCAGAGUUGAAGCCUAAGACAUUGAGGGCUGGAAGAACAAUAGCCAUGCCACCCAUGACCAUAGGCUUUUAUGUCAUCAAAAACAUUAACGCUUACGCCUGUCGAAGAUAACGCUGAACCGCUAUCCCUGAGCUAUUGGAGUGAAGCUCAGAUCUCAACAAACCCUCUGCCAGUCUGACCCAAAGCUUAACAAACUGUGGCUCUUCACUGGGAUGUCAGAAUACCACUUUGUUAGGAUUUGUGUGUCUUGCUUAAGACACAAAACACUUCAGUAGAAUGGACACUUGGCUUGAAUACAGUGCAAUCCUCUGGUUUAACAUCAGCCUCUUAAACCUUUAUUUUAAUGGUGAUAUUUAAAUUACAAUUAAAACCUGGCCCUACCCUUAUUGUCUUCUUUGGUCCAACAAAGACUUGCCCAAGACACAUAAAAAGGGCUGCACUGAUCACUUUUCAGUUAUUUUCACCAGCAACUCCUCAUAAGACUUUUAUGGACCGUGAUUGUCUUGUGGUUUUGUAUUAAGUCAUACAAUAUCAUAAGAGUCCACAUUCUUUGACUUGAUUAAGCUAUAUGUUCUUCUCUUGGAUUGUAAAACCUAAGAGUUUGUUAUCUCGGUGUCUGCCAAGAGUUUUCCUUUUUUCUAAUCUUUCACUUACCAACUGAGAGAAAACUCUGAACAGGCAGUGUUUCUGAAGCAUACACAAGUCAACUUCACUUUGACUUGAUCCAUUCCACAAAGAGAAAAUGCCGUGGUGUGUAUAAGGUGUGUGUGUGUGUGUGUGUG